AUGGUGCUGCUUAUUCAAAUACCGCGGCUGCUAUGGUGCUGCUUAUUCAAAUACCGCGGCUGCUAUGGUGCUGCUUAUUCAAAUACCUCGGCUCCUGCGAGGCUGCUUAUUCAAAUACCGUGGCUGCUAUGGAGCUGCUUAUUCAAAUACCGCGGCUGCUAUGGGGCUGCUUAUUCAAAUACCGCGGCUGCUAUGGUGCUGCUUAUUCAAAUACCGCGGCUGCAAUGGAGCUGCUUAUUCAAAUACCGCGGCUGCCAUGGUGCUGCUUAUUCAAAUACCGCGGCUGCCAAGGUGCUGCUUAUUCAAAUACCGCGGCUGCCAUGGUGCUGCUUAUUCAAAUACCGCGGCUGCUAUGGUGCUGCUUAUUCAAAUACCGCGGCUGCCAUGGUGCUGCUUAUUCAAAUACCGCGGCUGCCAUGGUGCUGCUUAUUCAAAUACCGCGGCUGCUAUGGUGCUGCUUAUUCAAAUACCGCGGCUGCUAUGGUGCUGCUUAUUCAAAUACCGCGGCUGCUAUGGUGCUGCUUAUUCAAAUACCGCGGCUGCUAUGGUGCUGCUUAUUCAAAUACCGCGGCUGCUAUGGUGCUGCUUAUUCAAAUACCGCGGCUGCUAUGGUGCUGCUUAUUCAAAUACCGCGGCUGCUAUGGUGCUGCUUAUUCAAAUACCGCGGCUGCUAUGGUGCUGCUUAUUUAA